AUCAAAUGAAGGCCAAGGAAGGGAGAAACCUGUACAGCUCUUCUCGUUACGAUGACUAUGACCGGUACAGGCGCUCCAGGAGUCGGAGUUACGAAAGGAGACGGUCUAGGAGUCGUUCCUUUGAUUACAGCUACAGAAGAUCCUAUAGUCCCAGAAACAGUAGACCUACUGGAAGACCUCGUCGUAGCAGAAGCCAUUCGGACAAUGAUAGGUUCAAACACCGCAAUCGAUCUUUUUCAAGAUCUAAGUCCAAUUCAAGAUCACGAUCCAAGUCACAGCCCAAGAAAGAAAUGAAGGCUAAAUCACGGUCUAGAGGUAGGACUAAACUUUGACUUGACUUGUGUAUAUGAACAAGCCAGAAAAGCCGAACACAAACCCACGAUGUUUCAAGAGUGCAUGAAUAAAGAUGUUGUCCUAGUUCUUGCUCCCAUGGAAAAAUUGUGAAGAAGCUGUUCUGUGGGCCUUUCAGUUGGGGACGAGUUAGCAGGAUGUGGCCAAAAGGGCAGGGAAUGUUUAUGCAUUCAUGCAAGUCAAGCCACAGCCCAUCUAGAUAACAUCUCCCUUCCUUGGUGCAGGAAUCCCAGUCCUGCUCUAAAAAAAAAUCAAAGCAGGAGCCUGUCUUGGUGCAGCUCCCUGCAGGUUAUGCACAGCUGGAAUGCAAGAACAUAAAUGCAGGCUACAAAAGAUCAUGUAUAGGCAUCUUUCUUUUGGAGUCUCAAGAACGGUGGGGAUUAUGUUUUUUUUUUUUCUCCUGUGGUAAAACUAGAUUUUGUCAUUCCUGCAAAAGUUGUAGAAUUGAAGUAGUGUGUAAAAAUAAUAAUUCUGCUGAAAGUAAUGGCUGUGCUCCAAAGUAUCUGGUUUAUCUCAGCAGUAACAGAAGGCUCUAUUGGAACUUCUUUUUCACCAAUAGUCCAUGCACCCAACUGGUAAUUAAAAAUUUAGUGGUUAAGUAGCUGGGUGUUUAAAUUAGGGACUAUAAUAGACUGGUCUCUGAAAGCUCAUUGUUAUCCUUUCUAUGUCUUUUAAAGAUGUUUAAAUGUACAGUAUAAUGGCUUUAUUCAAAGUGGAAAUUUUCAAUUUAAAUGUUAUUUUGAGCUCUCUUCUUGGAAAGAGCCUCUUUUUUCUUUUUUUUAUUCCUUACUGUUCAGUCUGGGGUAACAGCUUGAAAUAUGUUCAGAGAAGGGCAAUUGGACAAAUCUGCAUCGCAGCACUGCUACUUGAUUUUUUGGCAGGGAUGUUGCAGAUGAACAUUUUGAAGUACAAAGGGAUAAAUUUACACCUUUUUAGGACAUAAUCGCCCAUUAACAAUUGCUGGUUUUCUCCAUUUAUCUUGUAACUUGCUUAAAAAGUCUGUAGUCCAUUGCUAUAAUUGUCUAAAGAUGCUCUUACUGAUGAGACUAUGAUAGGAAGGGAAGACUCUGUACCCUGUAGUGUGUUUGAUCAAAAGAUGCUAAUGUUUUAUUCAUCCACAUCCUUUCUUCUUGAGUUUUGUGUUCCAUCUGUGCGAAUAACCCUGUGAAUUGGGAAUAAAAUGUACAAGUUUUGAC